UUUUUCUUUACGAAACCAGAAGGCAAAAUGGAGUUUUUAAGCGACCGACAUGUGCAAAAGGCUUCGGCGAGGUUUUAGGCCGGAGGUAGCCGCCGCUAAAAGUCACAAACUAUUGAAUGUGAAAAAUGAAAGCUUACUCUCGGUCAGUACAUGGAGAACGGCUACGUGGUGGUGGACGAGCUCCUGACGUCUCUGGAGUGCGACGAACUGCGUCGGCGGAUGUCGGAGAUCGUGGAGCAGAUGGAUGUGCCGGCGCACUGCAGGACCACCUUCUCCACGUAUCACCACGAGCAGCUCAAAACGCAGGGAAGCACCGACUAUUUCAUCAGCAGCGGUGACAAGAUCCGUUUUUUCUUCGAAAAGGGAGUUUUUGACGAGCGAGGGGAAUUUGUGGUCCCCAAGCAUCGAUCUCUAAAUAAAGUGGGACACGCGUUGCAUGCCUACGAACCUUUGUACAAAAAAGUUACGCAUUCAGACAAAGUCCAGGGAAUGGCCAGAAAGCUGGGACUGGUUCACCCCGUUGUUCUGCAGAGCAUGUACAUUUUUAAGCAACCCGGGAUUGGUGGAGAAGUGACGCCCCACCAGGACGCCACCUUCUUGUACACGGAACCUCUUGGGAGGGUGACGGGUUUUUGGGUUGCCCUGGAGGACGCCACCGUCCACAACGGCUGCCUGUGGUUCAUCCCGGGCUCGCACAACUGCGGCAUAACCCGAAGGAUGGUGAGGACGUCGCCGGGCAGCGUCCUGCAGACUGACUUCAUCGGCACCGAGCGGGACUACGACGGAGACCGGUUCGUCCCGGCGGAAGUUAAAAAAGGUGGCGUGGUCCUGAUUCAUGGCCAAGUGGUGCACCGCAGUGCGGAGAACGUGUCGUCGGACUCGCGCCACGUCUACACCUUCCAUCUCAUGGAGGCUCAGGACACCCAUUGGAGUGCCGACAACUGGCUGCAACCCAGCGAAAAACUUCCGUUCCCGGCUCUUUACACUGAAUGAGGUGGCGGAUAGAAAUGCUUCAAAAGGAACGCAAGUCAUUCUUUUAAGCACAUACUUUAAUUGGUGUUUGUUUGCAAGUACUAUCACACACAUACAAAUGCAUUCAACUGCAUCACCAUAAUAAAUCAUAUUUCCAACAAAUAGUGCUAUUUUUCUUUCACAAGCAAUACGACACGAUUCAAAAU